UUGAUUGGUGUCCUUAAUUGCAGCCCUUUCUUCAUUCUCUGCAUUCCAUAAUCAUUGUAAUUUAUUUAAAUUGCACAAAAAUAUUUAACAUUUAAACAGUUCAAGAAAUCCAUGAUUAAAUUUUGGCCAGGACCAACAUUCCUCACAUUUCUUUUUUGGGUCUUUAUCAUUUCCAUAUAAUGUUAUGCAGAUUCUGUAGUUGACUAACUUAUGAGCCCAGUUUUUAAAAAGAGAUCAGAAUAUUUUGAUUGUUCUCCAGACUUCUGCAACAAUUUUAACUGGAUGUGUAAUGUCCAUACUUGCAGUGAUGUUACUGAUUUUUAAAAUAUACACAUACCAAUCCAAUUUUGACAUAAGUAUUAUGUACACAUAUCAAAGAGCCAGACUUCAUUAGUACCAUAACCUAUUAGACAUGAAAUGGAGAUAUUAAAAGUACUGUUUAGUAAGUAAUAUGGUAACUCUAAGUCCUUUUGGAGAAAAUUUUCUUGCAAGUAUAGUGAAUGACAGGAAUACUGAUCCCACUGUCCUUCUCGGUAAAAACUGAAUAAUAGUAUAUCAAAUGUAGACUUUUUUGUUACAUGCACUAGAUACAAAAUUUCCCUUCACAAUUUAUGCAUUUCCCCUGCCAUUUUUAGUUUUGAAUCUAAGGUACAUAAAUUAUGCAAUGUUAUUUAUAAUGUUUGGAGUUACUUGUAGGUUUAAGAUUAAGUUUAAGAAAUUUGCAUAAUGUCAUGACAGAAGCAAUAUGUUUAAAAAUUCAGUUGACCCCAACAGUUCAUAUACAGGAAAUUUAUAAAAAAAAAGUGUGUGUAUAUAUAUAUAUAUAUAUAUAUCUGCUGCACCAAAAUAGCAUUUUUAAUACAAAGUGGUUAUGAUUCAUACCACUGUAUCUACUACAAAAAUGAAUUGAUGCAUUAUGCCAUAUUUCAUCAAAUUAUCUGCCAGAAAAAUCGUUUUUGCCUGCAGCAAACAAUUUCACCCAUGACUGUAAACAGAACUGGCAAUAACAUUCAAAGGAGAUGAUUAUUGUGAUUUUUCUGGUUCUCAUGGUGAGAAUGAAGAUGUCUUUUGGGAUGGUGCGUCAUGUAGUGUGGUAUAAGUUUAACAGUAUUUCGGAGGUGCUUUUUGCGUACAUCAUCAGGGCAGCAUGUACUUCCUAUACUAGAUUGCACACCGCAAUAUCCCAGAAGACUCUUCUAAAGACAAUUGUUUUCUAGCGCUGUGUAACUGCCUCUGUAGUCUGAGCCUCUGCACGAGAAAAUAAAGGCAGGUGCCACACCCCCACUCACGGAACCACAUGGUGAAUCCUUGAUGACGUAAUCAUUGCCAGGUACCAACACACGCAAAAGUUAUUGACCCAACAAAUCUCUGACGUCACUAGUGCCGUUCACAAAGGUCAAAGGCCGUGUUUCAACGCUAUAACAGCCUCUCAUAAACACUAUAGGUACUUAUAAAAGAACAUUUGAUAUUUGAAAAUGCAGAGGCAAUGAAAGAGCGAAUUAGACAAAAUUGUCACGUUGUUUCGAAAUUUUAUUCACGGUUAUCUUACGAUGCUGACAAUGUUUCCAUUUCUUCGAAAACCGGAAGAUGUGGGACGAAUUCCUCAGGAUAGGUUCUAGUGGCGGUAUCUUGUGAACGCGGUGAUAUUCUUGGGGUUCCAAAAGAAAGGAGAUUUUCUCUGAUAGUUGAACGUAUAUAUUGAUUUAUCGUGAAAUCUCUGCUACAUAGAAUAAACAAAGUGUCGGUAGGGUAAUAUCAAACAUUCUGUUUUAACAGUGAGACUGGAUUAGGCUGAAGAGACGUAUAGUCAACGACUCUGAUAUGUUGGGAGAUGUGUGAUUAGAAGUUCGUUGAUAGGUUGAUUUCUUUAAGAGACGCAACAAUUUUUUGUGUUACGUAUAAAUUGUAAAUAAAAUUCAGAUUACAUUACCGAUUUGAUAAUGAUGGUGGGGAGGAUUUUGAAGAUAUGGUGAAAGAUACAGAAAUCUGAAAAUUGUAUAUGAGUACUGGAUAACUGUAUACCCUAUUUAUCAUGUUAUCUUUGAGAUGGGUCUUGUGAAAUGACUGCAUUCAUCCAGUCAAGUGGAGUUGAAUUCUGUUGCUUUUAUGUACGCUUUAAAGAACAUUAAAUUUUACAGUAUUUAUGGUCCAUAGCAACAAUGACAGAGAGAAAUUCAGACAAAGAACAUAUCCAAACCUUGGAUUCUGCCUCCAUGUCAACAUCAGUAGGGGCUCAUCCUUGCCGAAGUGGAUGUGAAAUUGUGGAAUUCAGUGUGAAGGGACCUGUAGCCAUAAGCUUAGAUGAGGAAGAAUUUACCAGUCCUGGAUGUUCUGUGCUUGAUCUUCAAUUCUCAUCACCAUCCCAGGUAGGAGAACUGGUGUUCCGCAAUUACUACACUGCCUCUUUAACUGUGUUGGCUCGUUUUGAUUCUGGUAAUAGUCUUCAAUUUACACAAGGACAUACAGCCAUGAGCAGUAAUGCUGGAACAUCACAUGGUAAAUUGUUUGUGCCAACUAAUAAGGGAACUGGAUCUGGCAUGAAGUUAACAGAACAUGUGGGAGGCUGGGUUGUUGUAAUUCCUCAUCGAGUUUUGAUGCCUAAUCCUCACCUUGAGAAUGGCAGUCAUGACUUCAUCUCUGUUCCAGCUACAGAGAGUCAGAUAGAGUGGAAGGGUGUGUUGACUUUUCGUCUAGUAUUAAGGCAGCCCUCUCCAGUUUGGCACACUUUCCAUGUUGAGGAACUUAAUGUGUAUCGUGACUUGCCACGUCGUGUUCCUCGUCCAGUACAACAUUCUAAUUCUGUUGUUGACCCAUUUCAUUGUCAGCAGUAUGACACACUAUUGACAAUGGUUUGUCACCAGACAGUGGCAGCACUUCACUGGGUACGUGAACCAAAAGAUUCCUCUACUGUAAAAGACAACACAGGGCCUUGUGGCUAUGAGUUUUUCAGUUUACCACAAAUUUAGUAGAUGAUGGUAUUCGUGCAGAAGAAUGUAACAGGGUUUUCAAGAAAUCAGCUUAAAUAAUGCCAGUAUGUCAACGUGCAUCUGCUGGGUCAUGAUGGUAUGUUUUGUAGCUUGUUACCAACAUUGAAGAGGAGUGUUUUGCUGUCAUCUUCAUGGUGAAGGCAAUACUUUCCUCCAAAAUGGUAGCCAACUGUAAAACCACACAGAGUCAUAUCUCAGAUAAUUAUGCUUUUUCCACCUUAGGCACAGCUAAUUUGUCAAAGACAUGAUGACAUGCCACAAAAUUUUGCCUCAUAAAAAGGUGUGAAACUAUACAUGGCCAUAAAUAUGUAUCUCCAUAUAAGUCCUUGCACUAUAAGAAUGCAGGCAUGUGAAAACCAAUACCUGUUGAAUAAAACUAUUAGUGAUUAACUGAUGUGUGCGUGCACACUCAUGUUACAAAUUUUAAUCACAAAAGAUAAGAUAUUGCCUUUCUAUAACUUUUGCUUGCGAGUAUACAAUUCUUAUAAAAAAUUUUGGCAUGCCUGUAAACUUGUGGCAGGACAGCAGUUGCAGAAAACUGGUCUAGAGCAAUAUUGUUACACUAAGUUGCUCAGUAUCAUCUUGUGAUUUUAAAUAAAUUCUGCAACUGAUUUAUCAUCAUUAAGUAACCCACAAACUAAGAGGUUAAGUAAUAUUGCUGAAAAUGUUGUGGAAGUAGUAAAAUGUACAAUGUUAAAUGGGCUUCUGUCAUAAAAUUUGAAAGUUAAUAACAAUACUGAACAGACAUCUUACAUGUUGAAGAAUAACCAAGAAAUGUGAAAAGUGUGUAUAUUUAAACAAAUAUUACAGAAUUACAAACAUAUA